AAAUAUUUAUCCAAUAAAAGGCGAUCUAGAACAUAUCCAGCUACAAAAUAUAGUCUACAUUAAAAGCAGUAGCUAGCAACAACCAAUCAUACUCCUCCUAGCUAGCUAUAUAUAUAGUUCCAUCACAAGGUUUUCAUUGAACAUGCCAUGAAUUAGACACCAUUUUGUUUCACUAAAAAUGAUUUCAACAGGCUUGAGGCUUUCCUCAGUUGUGCCAGCCACCGUGACAGCUGAGCAAAACAUGGUCCAUGAGCUCACAGACAUGGACUUGGCCAUGAAGCUUCAUUACAUCGAAGGGCUCUACUUCUUCAAGAGUGAUGCAGUUGAAGGGCUCACAAUAUAUGACCUGAAGAAACCUAUGUUUCAUCUGCUGCAGCUCCAAUUCACUGCCUCCGGGAGGAUUCGGCGAUCCGAAACCGGCAGGCCCUUCAUCAAGUGCAAUGAUAGUGGUGUGAGAAUUGUAGAGGCAUAUUCUGAGGAAGCUAUGGAUCAAUGGCUGGCCAUGGCCAUGGAGGAUUCUUCUCGCUUUGAUGGUCUUACUUAUAACCAAGCCCUUGGUCCUGAUCUUGGUUUCUCUCCUUUGGUCUUUUUACAGUUCACUUGGUUUAAAUGUGGAGGAAUGUCAGUAGGACUGAGCUGGGCCAAUGUUCUUGGAGAUGCAUUUUCUGCCUCAGCAUUCAUCAACAUGUUGGGGAAGAUCAUGGCAGGUCACCUGCCACUCAAACCUUUGCACGUGCCAGUUCCUGGAAAACCUGAAUUCCCAGCACCUUCAACCCCUAACACAUCAUCUUCUCUGAAAAGGGUUGAUUCAGUAGGAGAUUACUGGGUGACACCCAACAACUGCAAGAUGAGGAAACAUACUUUUCAUGUUUCUGCCAAGAAACUUGAUCAUUUGCUCUCAAACCAAUCAACCAAGUUCUCAGCUUUUGAAGUUCUUUCUGCUAUAAUUUGGAAAUCCUUGUCGAAAAUUAAGGAAAACUCAGCGCAGACAAGAAGGGUGACAAUUUGCACAAAUUCCCAUGAGAGAGAAUAUGAAAUUCCAAGUAACAACAUGGUUUUGAGCACAGUUGAAGCUGAUUUCUUGGUCACAGAAGCUGAUGUCUCAGAGUUGGUGGAGCUGAUUUUGAACAGAAGGGCAGAAGAGAAAGGAAUAGUUGAGGAAAUGAAAGGGUUGGAGAGUGGGAGUUCAGACUUCAUAGCAUAUGGAGCAAAUUUGGCAUUUGUGAAUUUGGAAGAGGCAGAGAUUUAUGGGCUUGAAUUGAAGGGACAAAAACCAGUUUAUGCAAAUUAUUGCAUUAAUGGGGUUGGUGAUGAAGGGGUUGUUUUGGUGCUUCCAGGGCCAAAUUAUGGCAAAGAGGAAGCUAAUAUUCGUGGCGGCCGGCUAGUGACUGUGGUUCUGCCUGAAAAUGAAGUUGCGCAGCUGAAAACUGAGCUCCAAAGAGAAUGGAGUACUGCUUGAAAACUGCUCUAAGUGUUUGUGUAUCAAGUUUGAUCCCAUUCUCGUGCAUUAGAAUAAUUUAGAAAUAGCACUUGGGAAAAAAAAAAAAAAAAAAAAAGAAGUUAUUUGAAAGGGAAACAAUU